AUGCGCAAUAGCGGAAGGCAACAACAUCAACCGCAACCACAUCAUGGUUGGAAAUCAGAUGAUGAGCGCCGAAUGCAAUCAGGAACAGCAUCAGUUCAAGGUUCAACGUUAACAACGCAUAAUAACAGCGUCGGCAAUUUUACUCAGGAUAAUAUUCAUACAGGUUCUCAUGAAGAUUACCAUCUGGGUCUCUGCGGUUAUAUAUUACUUAUUCUCUCGUAUGCAAUCAUCUGUUUAACCUUUCCAUUUUCAUUAACUGUUUGUCUUAAAGUUGUUCAAGAAUAUGAACGUGCUGUUAUGUUUCGAUUGGGUCGCAUUCUCGGCGGUGCCAAGGGACCUGGUCUGUUUAUCAUAGUACCAUGCGUUGAUGCCUAUACCAAAGUUGAUUUAAGAACCGUGACAUUUGAUGUACCACCACAGGAGAUUUUAACGAAAGAUUCUGUCACAGUUGCAGUCGAUGCUGUGGUUUAUUUCCGAGUAUUUGAUCCUGUUAUAUCUAUUACCAACGUUGAAGAUGCGCCGAAAAGUACUCAAUUGCUUGCGGCAACUAGCUUACGUAACGUUCUUGGUACGAAAUCGUUACAAGAAAUUCUUUCUGAUCGAGAAUCGAUUGCGCAAACAAUGCAGGCUGCUUUGGACGAAGGUACUGAAUGUUGGGGGGUUCGAGUCGAGCGUGUUGAAGUAAAAGAUGUUCGACUACCGGUUCAACUACAAAGAGCGAUGGCAGCUGAAGCAGAAGCUGCACGAGAAGCCCGUGCUAAAGUAAUUGCAGCUGAGGGUGAACAAAAAGCGUCUAGAGCUUUGAAAGAUGCUGCCGAUGUUAUUAUGCAAUCGCCAACUGCGCUUCAACUUCGCUAUUUACAAACGUUAACAACCAUUGCUUCAGAAAAAAAUUCAACCAUUGUGUUUCCAAUUCCGGUAAUGGGCAUGAUCAGCGGACUGCAUGUCGAAUUAAUGCAAGCGGCUAUUGGAACAUUUCAGACGACAUAG